AUGGACGAGGUCGAAUCAGAGCGCAAUAUCAAUCUGGAGCGACCUCUAGCACUCGAAAAAUGGAGAGCACUUGGAGCAAUCAAGGCGUUCUCGGGAGCCAGCUUUGUUACGGAAGACGGCUUGGAGCUGGAUGAUGAAAGAAUAUCGAAAGAAACAAGAAAAUCACUGCCUCAGAAGCGCUCGAUAAUUGACGAAGAUGUAUUGCUUGCCGAAGCAGUGUUAGCGUAUGCGGCAAGAAUCGACGGGUUUUCUGACAUUCCAAACACAUACGCUGAAGCACGUGCAAGUGAUGAAGCAGUGGUGUGGCGAGCAGCAAUGAAGACUGAACAAAACGGCAUUUGGUCAAUUGUAUCGCGCAGAACUGCUCGUCCGAUUGGAUAUUGA